UUUGUAUUGGCUGAGAUCAUCGUCGUCGUCAUUCUCGGAGAUAUCCCCCGCUCGACAUCACCAUGGUCGACUUCGCCCCAGAACAGCUCGAAGAAUGCAUCCUGCGGCUGAUGGCACCCGACACCCAGGUAAUCAAGGAAGCUGAAGGUCUGCUGAAGCAGUACCUGAGCUCGCCAGCGUCCGUCAUUGGCAUGAUGACCCAGUUGCAAGGGUCUUCGCGGCCCGAAGUCCGCCAAUACGCCGCGCUCCUCAUGCACUUGAAGAUUUCGUCGCAUUGGGAUCACUUUGACGCCGCGACCCGCACCAACCUCGCCCAAGCUUUGCUUCAACGUGUGGUGGAAGAGCCCGUAGCCGUGGUGCAACUCGGCAUUGCACGCAUCAUCGCCGCGGUGGCUGCGGAAAUCAUGCCCGAAGGCCAAUGGCCAGAACUGUUUGCGUUGAUCACAUCGUGUGCCGGAAAUGCCGCCAGCGCGCCCGCGCGGUACCUGUCCAUGUUGCUGCUCAACAAGCUGAACGAAGCGAUUGGCGGCCAACUGAUUGAGCAAUUCCAAAACGUCAAGGGGUUCUACUUGGCCGGGCUCAAGGACGCCGAGAUGAAAGUCCGCGUCGAAGCCAUGCGUGCGUCGUGCGGCAUUGCGCAGUACCUUGACGAAAGCGAGGCCACGGACAAGAAGACCGCGACCGAGUUCCAAACCCUGGUCGAGCCCAUGAUUGAAAUCCUCAAAGCGUGCAUGGCGUCGCAAAACGAGCAAGAAGCAUGCGACUUUAUGGAAUCGUUCACGUCGUUGUCGGAGAUUUCGUUCCCGCUGCUCACCAAGGCCAUGCCCACGCUCGUGCACUUGCUUCUCCAGAUCUUCAUGGCGCCCGACAUCGAGCCGUCGACGCGCGCCGCCGCCAACGCGUGCCUGAACUCGCUCGUCGAAAACAAACCCAAGGUCAUCUCCAAGUCGGGCUUGGCCCCUACGAUCUUCAACGCUAUGAUCCAAGCCGUGGCCGCCGACAACCACUCGGCCAGCGGCGUGUUCUUUAGCAUCUUGCAAGAAGAAAAGGACGACGACGAAGAGGAACACAUGACCCAGAUGGCCCAGCGCACACUCGACUACAUGGCGCUGAGCCUGUCGCCCAAGACCCUCAAGCCCAUCGUGCUCCAAUGCGCCCACCAAGUCGUGGGCUCGUCCAACCCGAGCAUGCAAAAGGCCGGCGUCCUCGCGCUCGGCGUCGUCUCGGAAGGUCUGUCCGAGUUCUUGUCGGAAAACCUGGCCAGCGUGUUGCCGCUCAUCUACACGGCCGCCGCCUCGACGCACCACAACGUCCGCGAAGCCGCGUGCUUUUCGCUCGGUCAGUUUGCCGAGUACCUCCAGCCCGAGAUUCAGACCCACUACGUGGACAUCAUCCCCGUCGCACUGGCGUUGCUGGACGACCCGACGCCGGACGUCAAGGCUACGUCGUGCUACGUGCUCGAAGUGUUUACCGAGUCGAUGGAACCGGAUGAGAUCGAGCCGUUCUUGAACGGGCUCGUCGAAAAGCUGGUCGGGCUCGUGCAAACUCAAAAGCCAGGCAUCCAGAAACUCGCGAUUUCCGCGCUGGGCAGUGUGUCGGUGGGCGCCAAGACCAAGUUUGAACCGUACUUUGCCGGCGUGUGCGAUUUGCUACAGCCGUUUUUGGCCAUCACGGACAAGAAGUACCUGCAACUGCGCGCGACCGCGAUCGAGUGCCUCGGGUACUUGGUCGUGGCGCUCGGCGCUGACAAGUUUGGCCACCACAUCCAAGUGGUCAUGCCGUAUGUGUUCCAGACCAUGCAAUUCAACGACGACGAGCUCAACGACAUGUGCAUGGGCUUUAUCAUCAACGCAAGCAACAUCUUCAAGAAGGCGUUCCUUCCAUAUGCUGACACGUGCGUCCAGGCCAUCCUGCCCAUGCUCACCCCGGACAACGGCGUCGAAAUCUGCAGAGACAACGACCAAGCCCUCGAAGCGUUUGAAGAUGACGACGAGAUCGACGCCACGGAACACUACUUCAAGGUCCACACUGCCACCACCGAGAUGCUCACGCGUGCCGUGCAGUGCAUUGAGGCGCUGGCGACCAACCUCGGCGGCGGCUUUGACCGGUUCGUGCCCGAUAUUCUCGUCGCGAUGAGCUUGAUGGUUGAAACGAUCCACGAAAGCGUGCGCGCGGUGGUGCCAGAGGCAUGCGCCGCGCUUGUCGUCACGUCGUUCUACGCGACGACCCCCGCCGCCCAAGACGGCGACGUCAAGGUGUGGACGCAGGGCCAAUUGCUCGAGCUGCACCCCCGCACCAAGCUCCUCUUGGACAAACUCAUGGGCCCCCCCCUUGGCGACGUCGAGGCCGGCCAAAUCCAAAGCGUGUUUCAAGAACUGCUGCAUGACUCGGACCCUGCGGUCGUGGACGGCACCCUCCGCGCCCUCACGACGCUCACGACGGAACUUGGGGCCGUUGUGUUGGCGCCGUACUUUGACGUGAUUGGCAAGUUUUCUGAGACAACGUUGGAAUUGAACAACCCGGACGACGAGGACGGAGGCCACGGCGACGACGACGACGACGACGAAGACGACGGCGACAAGAGCACCGUGGUGGAUCUGCUCACCGAGUUGUUUGGGGCGAUGGCCAAGGCAUUUGGCCCGACGUUGUUGCCGCUGUGGCAGCCGCUCUUUCCCCAGUUCAUGGCGUACCUCCAAGUGGGCGUCCAUGCCGACAAGGACCGCGCCGCCAUCCUCGGAAGCUUUGGCGAAGUCCUCCCCGAGUUGCAAGCCGCCGGCGCGCAGUACGUGGCCGAAGUGGUGCCGGCCUUGUUCAAGGGCGCGGCGUCCGCCGAUUCGUCGCUCCAGCGCAACUCGGCGUUCAGUUUGGGCGCGAUCGUGCGCAUGAGUGGGCCGGCGUUGGCCCCCCAGUACCUGCAGCUCCUCCAAGCGCUGGCCCCGCUUUUCAACGCCAAGGACGAAGCCGUGGUCGACAACGCGUGCUCGGCGGUGGCGUCGCUGAUCUCGACCGCGCCGGACGCCGUGCCGCUCGACCAAGUGUUGCCUGUGUUCCUCAAGGCGCUUCCGCUGAAGGCAGACUUUACCGAAACAGAAAACGUGUACGGCGCCUUGUUCAAGCUGCUCGAAAUGCAGCACCCCGUGGCGAGCCAGCACAUGGGCGACAUCGUGUCGAUCUUUGCGCAAUCGUUGGGCGACGACUCGGAUGUAGAUGAGGACGUCCAAGGGAAGAUCGUCGCGUGCUUCAAGUGGCUCGUGGCGUCCUUCCCAGACCAAAUGCAUGCGAUCGUGGGCGCGUUGGACGGCCAACAGCAAGCGACGCUGCAAAAGGUCUUGUAGACACUGCAGCAAAGUGUAUACGAGUAGGGGUAGACAAAGAGACGAGACUGGUUGAUUAACUUUAUUUGGCGUGAAAAACAAACCAUCCAUUUUGUGGGCUUGAAACAAACAGCAACGUGGACUUUGCACAUCCUAACACUACUGUA